AUGUCGUGGAAACAGGACGAGUUAGGAUACUUCUACCCCGGUCUCAAAGACGAACAUUCAUUCCGCCUUCCGCAUUUGGCACCGGCAAGAGACAGAAGAUUGUCACCUUCUUUAUUUACCCCGCUCCAUCUUAUCCCUCCCCAUCAUCUCGUCGUCCACCGACGAUCCCGCUUCAUGCGAUGCCUGUCUGCACUUAAUAUCGCUGCAUUCGAUAUGGCUUCUCGAUUCGCCCAUGAGUUAGUUCCCUGCAGUGGAACCGAAGCUCAAGCACAGCACGACUCCUGGAAGAAGGAACAACGCCUCCUAGCUGCGACAGAAAUAGUUGCGAAUCUCCCAGGCGUCGCCGACAAGCUUUCGAGCAAGCCUCAGAAACCGACCACCAAGAUGGCCCGACAAGUUCUGCCUAGCGACACCGAAAGACUUAUAACUUCCGCCAAACGGCCUCCGACUCACAGCAACGACACUCCCGCACCGAAGCGACCGCUUAUCCCGGGCCUUGUCGCCCAAAUAACCGCCAGUGACCAACAGCCUCUCGAAGCGAUGAUGGAUACUGAACAACCACUUCGAGCGACAACGGUUACCGAUCAUCCAUCUCCCACAACCGCAUCUCGUCGCCCUACCUCUACUUGGAUGAUCGCCAACUACAUCGAGCUAGCCCUGUCCGAGAUGCCAGACCAUGACGGUGUCAUCGAAGUCAAGGAAUGCUUGCAACGCAUGGCUCAAGGCACCUACGCAGCAGACCUUCCCUUCUUGGAUGGCGAUGACAUCCCCAUGUCGAUUCGAAACGAAUGGGAAGACACCUACCGAUCGGAGCUUCGUCAUGCCAGAGUCUGGGAGUGCAAUGAGUUGCAACGAGAAGUCUUCAACAUCCAUUGCAAGACUUGGCUAUGCGAUCACUGGGCCAUCAAGGAGGAGAACGGCCCUAGUGCAUCUCGCUCGUUGCUGAAACUCAAGGGAGCAAACUGGGCCCAGUGCGUGCUGGUCAUGUAUUUAGCAGCUUAG